CAAUUCAGAGACCCCUCUAGGAACAAUUGAUCAGCCCGCGCACUCUGGAUUCUCUACAAUCGUUUCUGCCGCAAGUAGGUGGUGAUAUUGUAUACUAAAAACGUGCAAACAUGGAAAUGCCAAAAAGGAUAGAGUUGGAGUCGAGGAAGAAACCAGCGUCAGAGAUUUUGGAGUUGAACCUUGACAACUGCAGAGCAAACCAAGUUGAAGGACUAACAGAGGACUACACAAACCUGAGGAGUCUAAGUCUCAUUAAUGUCGGUCUCACCACAUUAAAGGGCUUCCCACAUCUUCCAAAUCUAAAGAAACUGGAACUGAGUGACAACAGAAUUUCUGGAAACCUUAACUACCUUUCAGGAUGUCCAAAACUUGAACACUUGACGUUAAGUGGGAACAAAAUAAAAGAUAUCGAUACAUUAAAACCAUUGGCAGAGCUGGAAAAUCUAUCAAAUUUAGAUUUAUUUAACUGCGAAGUAACGGCAUUAGAUGACUAUAAAGAAGAGAUGUUUAAAUUGUUACCUAAUCUAAAUUUCUUAGACGGAUACGACAAGGAAGACCGAGAAGCUGAUGAGGAUGAAGACGAAGGUGUAGAUGGUGAAGUGGAAGAUGAAGAAGACGAUGAGGAAGAAAAUGAAGAUGAGGAAGAGGAUGGAGAAGAUGAUGAUGACGACGAUGAUGACGACGACGAUGAUGAAGACUUAGAUGAUGAUGAUGAAGUACAAGAAAUUGAUGACGAGGACGAUGAAGAUGAGGAUGUCUCAGCACUUCAGAUGUUACAGAAAGACAAUAUUGAAGACGAUUCAGAAGGAGACGACUUUGAACCAGGAGAGGUUGAUGACGAUGAAGAUUUUGAUGAAGAUGAGGAAGAAGGAGAAGUAGUCCCACAGGGCGUGAAGAGGAAACGAGACGACGAAGUGGAAGAGGAGGAGGACGACUAGUUGUUCAUUUACGGGGGAAGAGGGGCUAUCACUUCAUUGUCAUUUAAAUAUUCAUUUCCAUUUUCAUCUGUAACUCCAUCCAAAACAUGGACCGAAGCUAUGGACAAGGAGUCGACGUUCUCACAUCAUCAUAUUAUGUAUAAUAAUUGACUUCGUGUUGAUGGGGACAGACUCGCUCGGAGGAGUUUCUGUACGGCUUGUAAGACUCGUAUCUCCGGAUAACUGGAUCUACAUAGGUCAAGGAUUGUCUGUUCACGUUUCCCAUACAUCCAAAACUGAAAUUCGUCUUACAGUGUUCUUAACCCUUUCAACACUGUAGACCAUAAUGGACUCGUCCAUAUCAAUGCAUGGUAGAGUCUACAAAAGUUACAUUGGGGUGAAAGGGUUAAAAUGGCAGGGUUUAUAAAAAUGUCUCAAAUUGGUGUAUAAAGGACUAAUUCCUAUCAUUUAACUAAAUGUUAAUCCGUUGUAAUGAUUUUCCUGAUGAAGAAAGGUUAACAAAACUAAAAUUUAAAACUUUCCAAUUAAGUUGAGGAUGGAUGGAGACUUGACAGAAUUGGUCUAUAUGACUACUACUACUAGUGAGUCGGCAUCCGAUACACCUACAAAGUAAUGCAGAUACAGUGUGGACUUCUUUGUCGUGCCGUCAACAUGGUAACUCCCGACUACUUAUGAAGUUCGGGGAAAUGAAUGUGACUGAAAUAUAACACAGACUGAAGCUGUACCUGUGGAGUUUUCUUAUAGAAAAUGUUUGUAGAUAUAAGUGUUUCUUCUGUAAACAGAUGCUAUAAACUGUACCUGAUGACGUAUUCUGUUGGUUUUAAUUGAUUAUUUCAUUGUUUAACAGACUUUGUUGGUUGGAUGGUAAUAGCAUCAAGCUUGUUUUUGUAUAAAUGGAGAAGUAUUGAAGUUCUGAAACAUUUUAGUGAUGAUUCCUGAAACAAUGAACUACACAAUUAGAACCUUGGUUGGUGAUCUCGGAGGAUUGUUUCUGUUAGGUUGAGAAGUGCCUGAUACUCGGCUACGUGAAUGCAGUCUAAUUUCUAUACAAAGAAUAAUUUCAAUUUUCAUGAAUUUGUUAUUUCUUAAAAAUUAGGAAACUGGUCCGAACUCUACAGAAUUCUACAUGACAAAAGAGUUUUAACAUUAAGUUUGGUUGACAGGUUUGUUUGUAUGUAUAACCUCUGAUUGUUGUGUAAAGGAUUUAAAAUGGAAAGCAUGUUUGAUGGAAGGAAAUUCAUUUCUUGCACGAAUCACCGUCAUGAAUGAAGAGAGACAUCUAGCUGAGGGAACUUAACUCGACAAAUGGUUCCGAACGUUUGCAUUUAGCCACCAGAUUUGUUCGAGUAAAAGUGUGUAGUACAGUCCUGUAUUAAUGAUCAAAACCAAUUAUGACGUUAAAUGCUGGUACUGAUAAAUGAAAUGAUAAAAAUGUUAUUCAAUUUUGCAUUAAAAUUUUUCUUUGUGGUUUUAUUUAUUCAAUUCAAAUACUGUGAAUAUUCAAAUUUUAACUUCAGAAGAGUUAAUGAUUUAAAUAGAUAACAUUUUUUAAAAAUACUUAAACACGUUUUUCUGUGUUUGAUGCGAAGUAAACCUGUUAGUUGAUAUGUAUUAGUUUUAUGUUUUUCUUCUGACUGAGGUUUAUACUUGAUGCACCAUAUGAAUUCUUCUGAAGGAAGAUUAUAGCCGAGCCCCGUGAUCCAGCCACCCAGAUUGGGGGCCUGUUUAUGUACAAACUGAUCCUUUUAUUAGUUUAAUAUAACAAUGAUAAAGUCUGAAGAUUAUGGAUCAGUGUUAACUCAUUCACACCUGCAGACGCAUUUGAACUCGUCCAAUUCAAAGGUUGGAAUAGUUCAUUAUGAAAUUUCGGGGGUGAAUGAGUUAAUGCAGGGCUUGGAAGUCUUUGUCAAGGUUUACCUGCCAGAAGCAACAUCAAAUCACUAGCUUUGUUCAUAAACUGGUCCAACUGUUUGGAAUGCGAUAAAUGAAACCAGCCCUGGUGUUCUGCUAUUAGCCAGGGUUUUAGAGAACGGCUCACUUUCUUUCUAUCGGAACUGGUCCUAGCUAGCUGUUUCACCAUCCAGCCAUUUCAAGCCUAGAACAGAUGCUGGACUACAAAUUAGAAACACUAGAUGAGGGUGUUAAAAAGAUUGGAUUGGUGAGGGCUUGAAUAGAUAUGCAUACUUGGAAAUAAAAACCUGGUGUUCAGAAUGCCACAAAUGUAUUGUAAAUUCACGACUGUUGGGUCAGUUAACUCAUUCACCCCUGAAGACACAUUUGAACUCUUCCAGUUCAAAGGUUGGAAUAGUUCAUUAUGAAAUUUCAGGGAUGAAUGAGUUAACUUGUGAGAGGAGAUGUAGAGCAGCCAAGAUUGUCUUGGAUGUCCAGAUGUUGGUGCGAGAUUUGUAUCCUCUCGUGACAAUAUCCAUACUCUUGGACCAAUCGAUUGUUUGGUCUUGUAAAUAAAUAGAAUGCAUCUUUAUAUGCAAAUACAAGUGA